AUGUGCAGGUGUUCGAAGACAUGCUCCAAGGUGUCCGUGUGCCUGGGCUUGUUGCUGGGCGUCGCAGGCAUCGCCUUGUUGGCCGCGGGCGCGCUUUCCCUGGCCAACAUCAGCAUCAAUGUUAGUGCCUCCAUCGACGGAGCGAUGACGGGAACCCUUAUGGCGCCCAGCGACCUCAACUGUCCCUACACGAUCUUCAUCGAGAAGGCGGCCUCUUGCCCCACCUUCUCCUCGACGGCAGUGAUUACCACAGGAGCGACCUUGGACACCAGCCUGUGCGGCAGCGAGGAGCUUCCGGAUGAGGGCCCGCAGCGUGCGCCCGCCAGGCGCGGCCUCCAGGACCUCGACUGGACCAUCGGCGCAUCUGAGACCAUGAUCACCGACCUCAAGCUGGCUGCCACGGUGACCUUCGACACAGACACCGACGUCACUCUGACGAGCGGGGAGGACAUGUGGUCCAUGCAGCUGUGCGACGUCUUCAGCGAAGUCUUCUCGGUUGCCGGAACAGCCAUUGCCGCUGUAACCAAAGGAAGAGGGCUGCUUUGGGGAUGUCCGACCGAAACCAGAGUUCGGAAGUUCAGAGGCUGUAGUGCUACAGAGCAUCGCGCCAUGUGCAGGUGUUCGAAGACAUGCUCCAAGGUGUCCGUGUGCCUGGGCUUGUUGCUGGGCGUCGCAGGCAUCGCCUUGUUGGCCGCGGGCGCGCUUUCCCUGGCCAACAUCAGCAUCAAUGUGCCCGGUCAAAACUUGGAUGGCAUGGAGGUUAGUGCCUCCAUCGACGGAGCGAUGACGGGAACCCUUAUGGCGCCCAGCGACCUCAACUGUCCCUACACGAUCUUCAUCGAGAAGGCGGCCUCUUGCCCCACCUUCUCCUCGACGGCAGUGAUUACCACAGGAGCGACCUUGGACACCAGCCUGUGCGGCAGCGAGGAGCUUCCGGACGAGGGCCCGCAGCGUGCGCCCGCCAGGCGCGGCCUGCAGGACCUCGACUGGACCAUCGGCGCAUCUGAGACCAUGAUCACCGACCUCAAGCUGGCUGCCACGGUGACCUUCGACACAGACACCGACGUCACUCUGACGAGCGGGGAGGACAUGUGGUCCAUGCAGCUGUGCGACGUCUUCAGCGAAGUCUUCUCGGUUGCCGGAACAGCCAUUGCCGCUAUCAUGGUGGCUUGCGGCGUGGUUCUCCUCCUUGCCGGCCUCAUCACCUUCUUCAUCGGCCUUUGCUGCUGCUGUUGCUGCGCUGCCAAAGCCGAGGGCUAA